AAUAGGAGGAAGUGCAGCAAUGGCUGCGGGUCAGGCGCUGCUGGGCCAAGAUAUACAUGUGUAGGGAGGGCGAACAUGGAGGCAAGAAUAACGCCCGUCUCACUGGCCAUCACUUCUUUCUCUCUCUGGAGUGGGAAUGUGACAGACCGGCAAGGAAUCUCCCUGAGCGCUAAAGCAGUUGAGAGGCAUACAGUGUGCUCUGUGCUCAGAUUCUUUGGUGGGCUUUCCAGUGUGUAUCAGAGGAACUAUUGACUGGAAUUUUGGACAGACUCUAUGCCAGGACUUAUUAUGGUGCUGUGGAGCUGGAUUUAAACUGGGCUUAUCCCCUGGAGAUGCUCAGUUUUCGGCAGGGGGACCUCACAGUCACAUUGGGCUACCGGUGGAAGAACCAAAUAAAGAUCUGCGGAGGACUGUACAGGAGCGCAAUAGAUUGUGGGCAGGUGUGUCGGGAGGAGAAACUAAAUGCUUCAAGGGAGCAGUGUCUUGAAUGGAGCUCUAGAACAGAGGAAUCCACUGGGCUUUUGGGUAAACUCACAGGAGAGCUCUCAGAAAUCUGGAGUCCAAAGCAAAGAAACAGAAAAUCAUUGGAAAAAAACAGCACGGAUAAAAGAAAUCACGACAGGAAAAAGCCGUUCAUGGGAAGAGGAUCCCUGUCUAUGACAAUCUCACUCUGGAGCUAUAAGGUAACGCUCUGGACAGUUAUUGUGUCAUUUCUGCUGCUGUCAGCAAUGGUAACUGGGUCUCCCACUCCAGAGGUGAAUAUGAAUGGGCAGCCAAACCCAGAGCGAGAGGCAGCCAUAUUAGGAACUGUUAGCCCAGACAGCUUGGAGCCAACACCAGCAGUAGCCAUGGACCAAAUCAUCAGAUCUACCUGGAGUUCUUAUUAUGCUGAUAACACAACUUCAGAAGGGCACAUCCAUGAUGACCUUCAAGAUGACCUCUUAUUCCGGUCAGAACGUUCGCCUAUAGAAUCUGCAAGGUCCAAAAAAAACAAGAAGAAGCCUGAGGGACGUAGAAAAGGUGGGGGUGGAAAAGGCUGCAGCUUGCGGCGUGUGAGACUUAAAGUUCGAGACUUGGGGCUGGGCCAUAACUCAGAUGAGUCCAUUACAUUCAGUUACUGCAGUGGUGUUUGCCAGCACCCUCGCAGCAAUUAUGACAUUACCCUCUCUACCUUGCUCAAACAAAAGCUUAUAACUCCCGGCUCCCAUGAACGCAUUAGAGAUCAACCCUGUUGCCGCCCUACACGGUACGAACCCAUUUCAUUUCUGGAUGUCAACAACAACUGGAAGAUCGUACAAACGAUUUUAGCAGCUGAGUGUGGCUGUGUGUGAUGGAUUGUGCCGUGGCAGGGAUAAUCACCUAUACGAUGGGCAUCUGACUCCUGCAACAGGCCAAAAGGCAGUGGAAGAGGAGGUGCAGAAGCCUGGCAUGAUGCCACCGGUGACAUGCUAUUAUUUAAAGUGGCUUUUGGUUUGCAGAAGACUAAUCAGAGAGAAAGAGCUACUGAUCCACUGAUCCAUAAAGUAGUUCCAGCCCAAGGUUAUCUGAAAGGGAUUUUGGAAUAAUGUCAUUUUUGGCUGUGUUGGAGUAUACAAUGUUAUUGCACCUUUUGGGUGCAACAUCUGUUUUAUCCUAUGGAUUACUGAAAUUUAACUAAACUUCAUUGCAUUACAUAGGUCCAGGUUGCUAAAGGGUCCAAACAUGGAUAUAAGAUUUUCUAUAAAGUAUAAAUCUGCUCGUUCUUUGUAUUGUGGCCAUAUACUGUUAGUGCUUUACGCAUUUGCAAACAAAUGCAAACAACUGAACAAAACUGUAAAGCACACACAAUAAAGCUUGUUGUGCAGAGAAUGCAGGACUAGUUCUAAUCAUGGCAUUUUAGAAGCAAUCCUUCAGUAGGGUAUUAUGAAGAGUUCUAAGCAAAUAGCAGAAUGAUUUAUUUUUUUACCAAUCAAUCUUUUAUUUUUGGUACUGGAUACAGAUAAUCCUGCCUGUAUCACUAAGUAUAGUGGAAACUAAAGGUUGUUCAAUAGCUAAUGCUGCAUAUCAAUAUAGUAAAGAAUAUUUACAGAGAAAUUGGGUUUUUCCUAAUAGGAAACAAUGUAAGAAGUUGGAUAAUAAUUCUCUGCAUUUGCACAUUGAAGCUGCUUACCUAUACUUGCUAUAAACAUUGUGUUCCAAGAAGAAACCGGGUUGCUGUUACUGGACUAAAUGAAUUUCUUUGAGAGAUUAUAAAAAUGCUAGAGCUGAGGCAUAUCCCAGCUUUGAUACUGGGGAUCAUUUAUAAACACUGGGCAAAUUUGCACCUGAGCAGUAACCCAUGGCAGCCAAUUAGAAUUCUGCUUUCAUUGUGAAACCAGAAUUACAGCCGGCUGGAAAAAUGUAAUCACUGAUUGGUUGCUAUGGAUUACUGCCCAGAUGCAAAUCUGCCCAGUGUUAAUAAAUGAUCCCCAGUAUGGUUGGGGUAUGGGGGUUUAAGAUGAGGAUUUAUGCAAAUGCUGAGAGAUACCUCAUUCAGAGAAAUUGCUUUGUUGGAUUUAGGAUUAAUCCAUACAUGUUAUUAGAGUGUUUGCAUGUCAUGUUUUUUGUUAUAAUACGUUAACCAUCAGUUCCUGACAACAUUUUUCAAUUUGAGAAUUAGUCACUGCCAGAAGUCUUUCCAAUGAGAGCAAGGCCUUGCCAAGAUUACACCCAGUGGGAAAUACUGCAUACAUUGCUUUCAUUCGGAUGCCUAGGGGUGGGCUCCACCUAGCAGCAUGAGACCACAGCAUCUCAGUUGGAUUCAGCCCCCCCGGUCGUUUUGUUCAGGUUUAUGCUGCUACCAUAAUAGCCCAUUACCCAGUCGAAAUCAGGCAGCAGCAUCUCCAGCUGUCCUAGUCAUAGCGUCUUCAUCUCAACAUCAGUCAUAUAGUAUUUUCCCAAUGAGAAAUAAUUAGUAGCAGGGAUAUCACCCCAACUAUUAAAUCUUCUUUCUAAACAGAAACUUCCCAACCAAACAUAUGGGCCCCGCUAUAACUUCCCUUACAGAUUUGUUUGUCACUUCCAUAUAAUAAUGGUACCAACCAUUUUUCAUUAACCAAGUAUUUUUUGUGACUUGUGAACAUGUAGGGGUAAUUACAGAGAAAAAGGAUCAUUUUCACAUAAACUGUGUUGAACAAGAUUUGAAGAAAUGAGUAUUGUGUUUAAGACUAUGGAAAAUAGCAAUGUUUCUGUUACAAAAUAUACAACUGAAAGUGCCUACCUCUCAAACACUCUUCAGUUACUACAUCAUAGAAUCAGUAAAAACACCUGCGGCAAGUCUGGUAUUUAAAUCAUAUGCCAAAGAAACGUUAUCUAACCUGGCAGAAUGCUGUUCCAUUUAACUAUCCUUGUCAUGAUGAAUAGAUAGGGCUUUAAAAUGCAAGCAUACAGUUGUAUAUUUGGCAGGCAAUAUUAUAUGACUAGUAUGUUUUCCUGCUGUUUAUGUAAUUACCUGUUCUCACCUAUUGAAGAUUGCUCUUAGACUUUCUCAGGUUACAAGAAAGCGCUGUUAGAAGUAUUGCUAAACAAGCUGUUAUUCUGGAAUAGGACAGAGUGCAAAGGCUGGAAAGCUUUGAUGACUUACAAGGAUAAAAACAAUUAAUUGUUUGAGGUUGGGCUUGAACUCAGGAAGCAGAAGUGAGUGAUGCCUCUGUUUUUGAAUUUUUUUGACCUUCUAAACGCUGCUUUUUCCAAAACUAAAAUGCUCGCAGUUCAGUGUGAUGGAGAAAGACCUAGAUGAAGAUUAUGGCCCAUGCAAAACGGAUGAUAUAGACAGAUAUAGAUGAUAACAGACAGUGUAAGUACUGGUAUUUUAAGAGAAUUCAGUUGUGUAAGUGGGAAUUCAUUUAACGAAGCAUCAGCAAAUUCAUUCCUUAUGCAACUGUUUCAAAAGCAAUGAAACAUAUUCUGCUGUAACAAUAGAAUGAUGUAGCAUGUAAGCUAUGGUGUAUCUCUGGGACUGAAAUAAGCAUUGGGAUUUGUAUCUAGCAGUGGGCGUAUAUGCACUGGAUACAGGCCACACAGGAUUCAGAAAUCUCACAUAUAAGAAGUAUGUUUGUGUUACCUCUUGGUUUUACUUAUUCCCUUAAAUCACCCCACCCAAAUAUGUCAGAUACUAGGUCUGUUCUAUAGGUCUGUUCUGAGGGCAUAUGUACUGUAUGUCCGCAAGUGCAAUGAAUAGAGUGCAAUUUCACUCAAUCGCCAUGUUUUUUCUUUCCCACAAUGCAGUGUUUUUUUUCCUGAAUUCCAGCAUCCUUGUGGUUACAAGGGGGUGGUGCUUUUGAUUGUCUAGGCUGCACCUACCACUUGUGCAUAAUUACCAGAAGUGCAUCUCCAUUUUCUUGCAGAUGGGACAUAACUGUGCAGAAGUCCACCUGCCACCAUUUUUUGAUGUUCAGCAUUGAGAAGGGACAGUCAGGUUGGCAGAACAGUCAGGUGUAGUAACUUCAAGUAACAGUUAUGUAUAUAAACAGGCCUAUCGGUGAUCACAUGACCUAUAAGUAACUUUAAAUGUACAUUAAUAUUUUGAAGAGUAGUUUUUUGGUGUCAGGAUCACUUUAAGGGGCACAUUUAC